ACAUCUCAAACUUUCAGACUAUGAAAUUGAUAUAAAUAAUUUACUUCCUGAUUCCAUGCAUCUCAAAUAUACCGAAGCAGAUGUUGCCAUCUAUCCAGGUAUAAAUCGUGAUGGUUGGUAG